AUGUUGCUGCAAGAAGUUGGAUUUUUAGACUCUAAGCUUGAUUCUUUGCUCGCAGAGACUUUAGGGUCCGUCAUAAGCUCAGAGAGUAAGGUCCACUCGCUUUCUGGAAACUCUUGUGUGCCACGGUCGAGAUUAUUCAGCAGGAACAGCAAGUACACGCUUGUGUUACGUGCAGAGGCCUCUCAGUCUUCGACAACAACCAAAAGUGAUGAUUCAUCUGAUGCUGCUAGUGUGUCAAACGGGAAGAAUGCGUUUCGACGGACAACUUUCCCGAAAGAAGUGGAGGCACUGGUUCACGAGAUGUGUGAUGAGACUGAGGUCGGAGAUUUCGAGAUGAACCUCAAGCGGAAGAUUGGAGCGGCCGCAAACACCGUACCCGUGGCUGAUAUUUCUCCGACCAUAGCGCCACCUAUUCCUUCUGAACCCAUGAAUAACUCUGUUUCUGCUGCUCUUACCCCAUCCAAAGCAAAACCCGCCUCUGAAAAAGUGUCUCCCUUUUUGAAUGCAACAUAUCGGAAAUCAUCAAAGCUCGCUGCUUUGGAGGCAUCUGGAUCUAACAACUACGUUCUAGUCACAUCUCCCUCAGUGGGUGAGUUUCAGAGGAGCAGGACUGUAAAAGGAAAGAAACAAGCUCCUUGCUGUAAAGAGGGUGAUGCAAUAAAGGAAGGCCAAGUGAUUGGAUACCUUCAUCAGUUAGGAACAGAACUUCCAGUGACGUCGGAUGUAGCUGGAGAGGUCCUCAAGCUUCUUUCAGAUGAUGGAGACUCCGUAGGUUAUGGGGAGCCUCUUGUUGCGGUCUUGCCAUCGUUCCAUGAUAUCAACAUCCAGUGA